GAGAGUCCACAUUUGUUAAAACUCCUCAUUGACUGUUCAAAUCUCCAUUUACAAACUCUCACUUCGAUUGAUGACUCAGUGAUAUCGAUUGAAGUAGCAACCAUGUCUACAAACGACACACCAGCCGUCUCUUAUGACGGUAAAGAACUCUCAUCCGAAACAGAUAUCUCGGUCGGAUUGAAUGGUGCACGACAUGAUUCAUUAAUCUCCAACGAAUUAUCUGUUGAUGCACCCAUUCUUGAUCCAGCCCCGCAUCAAAAAAGCACGCCUGAUAUGUCUGAGAGUGUCUCUUCAGGUAUUGAAAAUAUUGAUAAAGCUGACAACUCAUCUGAAGAUGAACACGAUACAACCGAAGCGCAAAACGAGAAAUGGGGCAGCAUUAAAACUUACAUCGAAGUUGGCACCGACGGCAAGGGUGUCUACUUCCAUCUCCUACCAUUGAAAGAGAAGAUUCCCCAUUUUAAGCGGGUCUUUGAUCAUCGUCGAUUGAACAACCACAUGAAAUAUCCUGAUCUUAAUCCAGCUGGACUCAAGUCUCUACAGAAAUGGGUAUACGGAGUUUCAAUUGCAGAGCAAAAAACGGAUGCACCCCGUACCUUAAAGCUCUUCUCCCUAUAUAGUCUCGCAUGCCGCUUCGAACAACCAAGCUUACAAGAUGAAACAAUGGAGUGCAUCGUCAAGGAGAUUCGUGAAAGUACUGAUGAGUCAGAAUUCACGGUAGACCACGUCAGAUUUGCGUUCCAAACGACCCCCGUGGUAUCAAAACUCCAACUCUUCUGUGCCGGAUGGGUAGCCGAUACCAUGGAGGGAGAAAACCGAUUUAAGUGGGACCACACUCAAGUAUCAAUCCUUCUUGCCGAGCUUCCAGAACUUCGUAAUGACAUCAAUCCUCCCACACUCCGUCGAUUCGAGGAUGCAUUAGCUGCCACAAACAACACUAGAUAUGGCAAUCACCAGCCUACCGAAGCUGAUAAUAACACUGAGUCUCUUCAAAAUGAGUUUGGAAGUGAUAGGUCUUUUGGCAGUCGCUAUGCCGAUCGUGGUGAUGAGAGUGACGAAAAUGAAAGGUAUAAGCAUGGCAGAAUGGAGCUUGAUAGCCCUGUGUACUAUGGCGAUGACGAACAUGAAAGUGAUGAGCACUACAGAAUGGACCUUGGUCACUCUGCAUACCUUGGCAGUGACGAAAAUGAAAGUGAUAAGCAUGGCGGAAUGGAGCUUGAUAGCUCUGUCGACUCUGGCAGUGAUUUGGUUGUCGAAACGCCUGACAGUCCCGACCGUCAAUUACCCUCACCCAUUUCCCAGGAGACUGGGGAAAGCGACAACAACAAGAAGCGUAAACUUUCCCCCGAGGAAAAUGAAAAGGAGGCUGAAAUCAAAAGACGUCGUCAUUGGGAAAUAAUUCUUUCACAAUCAUUUGAUGAUUCCGAGAGACCACAUCCAGGAUAGAUCUAAACGAUUCCAAAAGAUUUUCAACCCGCACGCCUUGUAGUAAUGUUUAAUAUAAUGUGGUGGUGGUGUUGAGGAAUUGAAACUCGUUUGGAUACCGUAACAACGAGGGGUAGAGUUCA